AAGUAAAUUUUAAAUCAUCCAUCCAUCAAUUCAUUUUAAGAUCAAGAUCAAGGCACAGUUUAUACAUACUAAUCACUACUACUACUGAUUAGUUACAAUCAUUUGAAGUCAUUUGAACAUUUAUCAAUUCAUCUCAAUUGAUAUCCCAUUCAUCAGUUUAAAGCUCUAGUUCGUUAUUGUUGUUGUUAAUCAUUUCCUAACAAAGCCUAUUCUCAAACUUAAACUCGCGUACACGCACCUCAUCAUAUAUAUAUAUAAGUAGUUACUUUCAAUCAAUUCAUUCAUUCAAACACUGCCACCACCACCACUACUACUACUUCCACCACCAAUCACCAUGUCAGAUCCAAUUGCUAGUACUUCAGGGUUUAAAAAAUUAUCUGAUUCUUCUGCUAUUGCAUCAGAUUCAGAAUUCGAUACUGAUGAAGUUAUUAACUCCAGUAAUAAACCUCAUCCUCUUAGAAGAUCAUCAUCAUUAUUCUCAUUAGCUUCUAAAGAUGAAUUACCAAGACCGGAUAAAAAGGAAUAUACUGCUUUUAUUGAAGAUAAUAGACAUUUCUCAUUAAUUCGAAAUUUACAUAUGGCUGAUUUCAUUACUCUUUUAAAUGGGUUUAGUGGGUUUUAUUCUAUUAUAAGUUGUUUAAGAUAUACUUUAACUGGUAAAUCUCAUUAUGUUCAAAGAGCUCAUUUUUUCAUUUGUUUAGGAUUAUUCUUUGAUUUCUUUGAUGGUAGAGUAGCAAGAUUAAGAAAUAAAUCUUCUUUAAUGGGUCAAGAAUUAGAUUCAUUAGCUGAUUUGAUUUCAUUUGGAGUAAGUCCUGCCACUAUUGCCUUUGCUAUUGGAUUCCAAUCAACUGUUGAUGUAUUAUUAUUAACCUUUUGGGUAUUAUGUGGAUUAACAAGAUUAGCUAGAUUUAAUAUCACAGCUCAAAUGAUUCCAAAAGAUGAACAUGGUAAAUCAAAAUAUUUUGAAGGAUUCCCAAUCCCAACUAAUUUAUUUUGGGUAUUCUUUUUUGCAUUUUUAGUUUAUAAAGAUUUAAUUUUAGAUAAAUUACCUUUUGGUUUCUUCUUUAAAGGUUCCGCAUUUGAAUUUCAUACUAUUUCAUUAGGAUUUGUUUUACAAGGUUGUGCUGAAAUUUCAAAAUCUUUAAGAAUCCCAAAACCUUAGUUGUUUUGAAUUCUUUAUCAAUGUUCUUUUUUAUAUUAUUUACAAUGUCUUUCUUUUUCUAUCUAUCUAUAUACUAUAAAAUUAUUGUAGUAGUUGU